AUGUCAGUCUGGAUUCCAAUCACCCUCAGACGAACACCUACGAAAUCCAACCACCCAUGCCUGAGGCAACGGCUAUUGAUACCUGUUGCGGUAGGUGACCCCCCCAAACGCCUUUUCGCUAGAAUCUCCGCUUCACAUAUACUUGGCAAUUCAGCCUCGUGGAGCAGCGACAGGCUUGGAAACUCAAGCAUUGCUGCUCAGCCCGCGAUUUACAGGUGUCAUGGCCUUGGGUUCAGCUUGGCAACACCUAUAGUUCUCCGUGAUCAGUCACUGGGCUUGACGUCUCUAAGGGCAAUCUGCUUGCCAAUUUCCGUGAAGCAAGGCUGCUAUGCGAUUACUUUCCAGUGUUGA